AAAAUAAAUUAAAUAUGUUAUUAUUUAAACAAAUAAAAUCAUUAAUAAGUAAAAUGGAUGGUGCAUGAUAGAGUCUUAUGCUUGUUUUCCAAGAAAUAGGUUUCUUGAUAUAUUGAUUGUGAAUGCAAAACUAAUUAAAACCCUAAAACCUCUCCUAAAACCCUAAAACCUCUCCUGGAACCCUAAAACAAGUUGCCCUAAUAAUGGCUAUGUCAAUGUCUUGUAUGGUUCUUCGCAGAGCUUUUUCUACAGUUGCUCCUCGUGCCCUUCGUACAAUUCCUUCUCCGAAAAUUCUCUCUUCGGCAGUUAGUAAGAUGGAUAUCUCAUCUUACAGUGCCCACCAUUUCUGUACGGACGCCAAGAAGAUUAAUCUACUUGAUCAGAAACUAAUCAAAGUCUUGAAAUCCCGAAUCACACCCCGCGAUAGAUCAGCCGUGGCGAAAGCUAUGCCGCCGGUUCCAGCUGGUUUCCCUUUCACAAUCAAAGACGUUAACUAUUACAAUUCGAUCAAUCUAAAAAGGGAGCUCGACGGAGAGAAAAUCGAUGUCGACGUAGACCUUCCCGAUUCGGUUGAAUACAACAGCAUAAUCGGCGAUGAAAGCGAAAGCGAUGGUGGUUCUGACGUCAGCUCAUCCGAAGAAGAAUACUCAACCGAUAGUGAUCGGAAAGAAGAAUCAACGGCUGAUACUUUGCCAACCGUUCUUCUACAAGUUAAAAUCAUGAAAGAAAACGGAAAAGGGCUUAGAUUUAAUGUUUCUGCUACUUCUGAUGAUAUUAGGGUUACCCGCGUUACGGUGAUGGAGCCUGAUCCGGAUUAUCCUGAAUAUCCGCACCGUUUUGGACCGUAUACCCUGGAGGAAGGCAGUGAUUUGCAAUCUGCUUUGGGAGAGUUUAUUGAAAAGAAAGGGGUUGAGAAAAAAUAUGUUGAGUUUCUAUACAAUUACUUGUUCAGGAACGACGACGGGCGCGAGGUUCUUAUGGUGGAUAAAAUGGAGAAGUUUUUCGACGAAUGAAGAAGACGACGUGCAUAUUAAUUAAUUAAUUAUAUAUUUUUAAUUAGCUCGAGAAUUUCGAAUCUUGUUUGAGCAUCUUUUCUUCAUUUGCAUCUCUUAGUUUUCAUCUGUAUUUGAAGAAAGCUCAAAUUAGGUUUAAAUUAGGAUGUCUCAAUUGUUUACUCCAAUUUAAUUAUGUGAAUCCAUCUUUGGUUUUAUUUAAUUUGAGUUAAAUGAUUUUAUUUACGUCACUCAAUAUAUAUCUUA